GUGGUGUAUUGUGCGUUGUGUUUAACAAUUUUCCAUAUACCAGCCAAAUUUAAAUAUUAAAACUAAAAAAUAAAAUUGUAAUUUAACUUAACAGCCAUCGUUAUUGUUCUAAACAUACCAUAUAGUAACAUUAAAUGUGUGCUGUAUAUGUAUCGUCAUAUAACUCAUAUUAUAUAUUGUGUAUCAGUUCGUCUUUGCGAUAUUAUUCAUUUCACACCUGAAGAUUCAAGGCAAAGAUGAUUGUAUAAGGAGACGUUCGUGAAACAAUUGUAUGCUCAAUAAAUCAAAAAUCAGUCAUGAAUCCUGUGCUGAUAAUUUUGCAAGCCUUAAUUCUAACUUCAAAUGCACAACGAAGCUCUUUCCCACUACCAGACGUAACGCCUGCCGAGAGACAAUUUAAAGUUGUCUAUGAAUGGGACACCAUUGAAUUCGCAUAUGGCAGCGAUAUAGAGCGUGCAAAUGCAAUUUAUUCAAACUAUUACAUACCGCAGAACAAUAUCAUUUCGGAUAUUAAAGCGUUCGCUAAUCGCCUUUAUGUCACUCUACCGAGAAUGAGACCCGGAGUGCCGGCAACAUUGGGAUGGAUGAUUUCGCCAGGUGAUAAUGGACGAACUGAUCCUGAAAUUGAACCGUUCCCGUCGUGGGAAAUGAACGAGGUAGGAAAUUGCUCUGCGCUGCAAUUUGUGCAAGGCAUUGCGGUUGACACGGACGGUAUAAUGUGGGUAAUUGAUUCCGGAAGGGUUGAUACACUAUCUCAAGGAUCAACAAGACACUUGAAUUGCCAACCGAAACUAUUGUUGUUGGAUCUUAAGCGGAAUGGUUCCAUCAUUCAUCGAUAUCACUUCCCAGACGAUGUGGCAGCUCGAGGCAACAACUAUUUGAACAGAAUUGUUAUUGAUGACGCAUCUGGUGGAUUUGCUUACAUUACCGAUAACAGUGGUGCUGAUCCAGGAAUCGUUGUUUAUUCAAGACGUCUGAACCGAUCAUGGAAAGUUAGGGAAAACAACUCGAUGCGAGCCGCUCAAAAUGCUAGAGAAUUUUCGGUCAACGGAACAGAUCUCAAUUUUGCUAUUCAUAUUAAUGGUAUCGCUCUCGGUCCAUACUACAACCCUGACACAGGAACCAGUUCGUCCGCGACAGCUCCGUCGUACAAUGCUCUAAACGACAACUAUGAAAGAAAUGUCUAUUACUCUCCGUUAACCAGUUACCACCUGUACUCGAUACCAGCAUCAUUGCUCCGUGAUCCAGACUUUGCUCGGCGAUCAACGCCUCGCGAUGUUCUGCAGGCCGUUACAGACUUGGGAUUAAAAAUUUCACAAACCGAUGGAAUGAUUAUGGAUAAUCGAGGCAUAUUGUACUAUGGUUUGUUGAAGGAGCACGCCUUAGCUCAAUGGGAUUCGUACAAACCGUUCAGUUUAGACAAUCAGUUGAUCAUAGCUAAAGAUGACAACUACAUUCAGUGGACGGAUGGUAUGACCUUCGAUGAGGAAGGAUAUUUGUACAUUGUGGUGAAUCGUUUGCACAACUUUGUCGCCGGACUUUUGCGUCCGAAUGAUAUCAAUUUCAGAAUCCUGAGAGCAAAAACAGGAACGCUCAGCUAUGUGUAUACGAAUAGUUUCGGUGCACGUAAUCCGCUAAACGACAAUAUACUGAACAGGGGUAUAUUCAUAAACGAUGUACUGGAAAAUGGUUUGGGCAUAUCGUCAACACCGACAUUUAGUUCAUUGGAGGGUCGCAAUGGAUACGGUAGAAGUUCAGCGAGUGGAUUGUCUCUUUGUGGAAGUAUUACGCUUGGAUUGGCCGCUAUAGUUCUUCUGCAAUUUAAACACAUUUGAGGUUACUAUCGCGAAAUCUUAGUUGUAUGUAAAAUGCUGUCUUAUAACAUUUCCGCGUGCGUCUAUUUAUAUAGAGAAGGUGUGUGCUCGUACAGGCAUUUACUUUAAGUAAGUCAUAGUAUUCUUGUCUCAACAAUACGGAAUUCAACACAAUAAUGUAACUAUUAAGGUGAACAAUUUAAUCUCUACAUCAGACGACACACAAUGUUCUGUUCUAGCCUUCAUUUCCAUUUCUUGGAGUAUCUUAAAAGUGAUUGAAUUUGAGAUGUUUUGUAAAUAUUUUAAUGUUCGUUAAAUAUGACUAAGUUACCAAAAAUCGAAUAAAAUUUUCUAUAAACGAUUAUGAUAA